AAGGCGGAAGAACCUCGUGGGUGCCCUGCUGGGCCCACGGGCCACGUGACUAACGCGGAUCAUGUGACGCCGGAGACCCGCCCCGGAGGUCUGUUACCCGGGCAACUGCAGGGCCCGCUCAGCUCUUCCAGGAAAGCCGGGAAUGCAGAGGCUAAGCGUUUCCAGUGUUAUAAAUAUCGAGAAUGUUUACAUGGCAAAGUAAAAAUUGUCGAUUAUGGCUCACUGUUGCAAAGACCUGGAUGAAGAGUUUGAACAGUUUAUGAAAGAGCUCUCAGAUGAUUCUUUUGAAAAUUCAAACAAAACACCCAGACAACCUAAGAAGGAAAUGAAGAAAGAUACGGUGCCUUGGUGGUUAAGUGAAGAUGAUUGUGAAGCUGGUGGAUUGCUUGGGACAAAUGUGAGCUAUCUGAAAACCAAGAAGAUGUCUCCGCCUGUUCUGGAGGUAGACGAGGAGUCUGCUGAAAAGAUUCAGUUUCUUAAGAGCAGUGGAACUUCUCUCUUAAGUGUUGACAGCUUAGAAGCAAAUGAAUUCGUACUUCCUGAACCCAGUCCUAGUAUUCUUGGACUGGGUUUAGACACAUUAGAGGAACAGGAAGAGAAAGAGCAGUUUUUUGCCAGACUUGAGAAAGGCUUGACGUCUUCCAUUGAUUAUUCAAAAUUAAAUGAAGAAUUGGAUUCUAAUGACUCUACACGUUUCAAAGCUCUGUAUAGGAAUCAGGCCAAUGUGGAACUAACUAAAGAUGAGUGUCAGAAUGAAUCAAGACAUGAAGAACUAGCAGGAAACUACAGUGAUGAUUUUGAAGAUGGUGAAGAUAUUGAUGAACCUUUGACUACCAAAGAUGAGGAGCCUCAUUCAACAGAAAAUCCCAAAUCAAAGAAUAUAUGUGUACCCGAGAAGGAAAAAGAGAAAACCUGCAUGUUGGCUAAUGUUGUACUGCUUGAUUCAUUAGAUUCUAUUGAAGAAGUCAAUCUUAAGGAGCAAGAUAAAGUGACAACUAAGCCAAAAGCCCUACAGGAAAUGACUGAUAAUGAAAUGACAGAAACAGCAGGUGUUUCUUAUGGACAAAGCAAUAGUGACAUUGAAGCCCUGCACCAAGCCUAUUGUCAAAUAGCCCAUUCUGUGGGGGAUAUAAAUGAGCAGAGAAUUGAAUGUCACACUAUGGAAAAUACCAAGAGCUCAGUGAAAGAUCAUCCUCAAGAAAAUGAAGAGUCUUCAAAAAACAUUUCUACUACUGAAUCUGAUCUGCCAACAGUAGAGGAGCUAAUGAAACCUAUCAGAAUAGACUCUUUGGGGGUCAGGGGUUUUGAUUUACGACCACUCAGUUCAAAGAAAGUUGCUGAUUAUAAGGAAACUGAAUACAGCAGCAGUUUACCCCUUCAGAUGGACUCAGAUGUCCAGACUGAAGACCUGUAUCACGUGAACCAACUUUUGGACAAAAAUGAUGAGAAUGUGAUUUUGCAAAAGACAAUAAACCAGAGUCUAGAAAACAGCUCCCCAGCAGUUACUGCUACAGAAGAACAUAUUGAUAAAAUGUAUCCUGAUAUAUUGAAGAAAAAAUUAUCUGUUAAUCCUUCAUUACCUCAAGAUGACAAAAUUAAUAACACUUUUCGAUCUCAACUCAGUUCUGGAGAAGAGGCUGUAACUGGACCACAGGUACCAUACAAGAAGGCCCGAAGCGCACCUCCUUUGCUUAAAAAAAAAAACCAGAGUGGAUUGUAUGCAUCAGUUAGGAGCUCAGGCUAUGGCAAGCCCAGUUCCCCACUCAAGGUGUUUUCUACUCUUGAAAAGAAAACUUCAAAGGACAUUAUGAAAAACAGAAGCUUGAGAUCUAUUUCCUCCUCAAAUCAAGCUAGGAAAAAAGAAACCUUAACUGGAACAAGAGUCGUCAAACCUGCGGCUCUGGGUAAACCAGCUCCGAAAACUGAGGGUUGGUUGGCUGCCCCUGAGAAGCGUGAAGAGCCUACCGAAAUUGACUUGUAUUUUCAAUCUCAAACCGAUUCCUCAGGAUACUGUGGUAGAAACAAGGAGAAAGAAUUACUCAUGUUUAAAAGAGUUCAGGAGGCUGAGGACAAGUGGAGGGGUGCACAGGCCCUGAUUGAACAAAUCAAAGUCACAUUCUCAGAAAAGGAGAAAGAUCUAGAACGUAAGUUGGAAGAACUAAAGAGACAACAGGAAAAAGAACUCUUCAAAUUGAAUCAAGACAAUUACAUUCUUCAAGCUAAGUUAAGUAGCUUUGAAGAAACAAACAAAAAACAAAGGUGGUUACGUUUUGGAGAACCAGCUGACCCUGUCACUGGAGAAAAGCUGAAGCAAAUUCAAAAAGAAAUACAAGAACAAGAGACACUUCUUCAAGGCUAUCAGCAGGAAAAUGAAAGAUUGUACAAUCAAGUGAAAAGUCUCCAAGAACAAAAUAAGAAAAAUGAGGAACGAAUGUUUAAGGAAAACCAAAGUUUAUUCAGUGAGUUAGCAUCUCUACAAGAACAGAUGCACAAAAGUCAUUUCUUAUCUCAAGUAGUUGAAGAUUCUGAGUCCACAAGAAACCAGAACUUUACAGAUCUAUUAGGAGAACUGCGGAUGACACAGAAAGAAAAAAACAACUUAUUGGAGGACAUCAAAAGACUGAAGCAAGACAAACAAGCUCUUGAAGUAGACUUGGAGAAAAUGAAGAGAGAAAGAGACCAAGCCAAAGAUCAGAUAGCUUAUGCGACAGGUGAAAAAUUAUAUGAAAUAAAAAUUUUAGAAGAAACACAUAAACAAGAAAUGAGUCGCCUGCAAAAAAGAUUACAGUGGUAUGCUGAAAAUCAGGAACUUCUGGAUAGAGAUGCUGUUCGGCUUAAAGAAGCAAAUGAAGAAAUUGGGAAGCUCAAACUCGAGAUUGAGAAGCUAAAAGCUGAAUCUGGGAAUCCAUCUAUCCAGCAGAAGAUGCGUUUAAAAGAUAGAACAGAUGCCAAAAAAAUUCAGGAUUUGGAGAGACAGGUUAAGGAAAUGGAAGGAAUUCUAAAGAGAAGGUACCCCAAUUCUUUACCUGCUUUAAUAUUGGCUGCAUCAGCAGCUGGUGAUACAGGAGAUAAAAAUACAGUGGAAUUUAUGGAGAAAAGGAUAAAAAAGCUAGAAGCUGAUUUGGAGGGCAAAGAUGAAGAAGCAAAGAAAAGCCUUCGCACCAUGGAACAACAGUUUCAGAAAAUGAAGAUCCAGUACGAACAGAGGCUAGAGGAGCAGGAGCAGCUACUUGCCUGCAAAUUGAAAGAGGCACCCCAGAACCAGCACGACAACCCCAGGGUUACAGCACUGGAGAAGGAGCUCAGCAACAUUAAAGAAACCCAUGAGAUCGCUGUUAGAAACCUGGAAGCUGAGAUAGAUGGUCUUAAGCAACGGAAUGCUGAGCUGGAGCUCAAGAAAAAUGAUAAGGAUGGCAAAGAUUUCCAGUCUAUAGAGUUCCAGGUGGAACAGGCUCAUGCUAAAGCCAAACUGGUGAGACUCAACGAAGAACUGGCUGCAAAAAAGAGAGAAAUACAAGACCUUUCAAAAACUGUGCAGAGGCUUCAAAAAGAGCGAAGGAUGCUGUUGUCUAACCAGAACUCUAAGGGCAGAGAGGAAACGUCUGCUCCAAGGCUCAGAAAAGAUGGUUUGCACCCAAGUAAAGGAAAUGUGAAUCCCUUCCCUGCAGCCUUGGACAACAAGCUUUACCUACCUCACACUUUUACCGAUUCUCAUGUUUCAGAGGUUUUACAGGAAAACUUCAGAUUGAAAAAUGAGCUAGACGGAUUAAUUUUAGAGCGAAAUGAGCUGAAGCUGAAAGCUGAAGCAGUGAAGAAUGAAUUUGAAGACUCUAUUAAAAGGGCCCAGGAAGAUUCCGCAGCGCAUAUCGCAUCCCUCAAAGCCUCUCAUCAGAGGGAAUUGGAGAAGCUCCUCUGUCAAAAUGCACUGGGAAAUUCUGCUUCCAAAGUGGCGGAACUAAAUCGUAAAAUCGCAACUCAGGAGGUUCUUAUAAAGCACUUCCAAAGUCAAAUUAAUGAGCUGCAGGGUAAACAAGAAUCUCUUGCAAUUUCCCAAGUUAGAGAAGAAAUCCUGCAGAAAGAGAUUACAAAACUCUUAGAAGAAUUGAGAGAAGCCAAAGAAAAGCACACGCCAGAGAUGAAACAUUUCAUGGGCUUAGAGAAGAAAAUUCAACAGAUGGAAAUGAGACACAAACAGAGAGAGCAGGAACUGCAGCAGAUAAUACAGCAAACACACCAAGUAGUGGAAACGGAUCAAAACAAAGAAGUGGAGAAAUGGAAAAGACUCGCACAGUUAAAGAACCGUGAGCUGGACAAGUUCCGCACAGAGUUAGACUCAAUAUUAGAUGUUCUCCGAGAGCUGCACCGGCAGGGGGUGGUUGUACCAAUUGCUCUUUCAGAUGAAGUGAAUGCACCAGAAUAGUACUAGAAAGUCAGGUUCUGCAUGACUUCAGUGAGAGGCACCAAGAUGGAUGGGACUGUACACUGUCAGGAAAGUGUGUGAAAAAAUGUGUUCCAGUGUGAUUGCAGAAGCAAACACCAGAAUAGCAUUUCAAAAAUAAAUCACCCUUAACGUGGGAAACAAUCCUGAUGUACUGACUCACCAGCCACAUUUGGACCAUGAGCAGAUUCCUUUGUUUCAGAUUCAUGAUCCUUUGGUUGUAUAUACUCUGCUGAUUGUUACCCAACUGUGCAGUAAUUUCUCUGUGACAGGAAGCAAUUUCUCUUUCCUGUGAAGGUAGGUGAAAGUGUGAGCACAGUGGGAUUGACAGGCACAUCACCUGGAAUAAUAGGAUUUCCUCGGUAAUUCUGAAGGGAGUUGUAACUCUGAAUUCGGAGGUGGUGAAGUCUCCUGUGUUCCCUCAGUCCUCCACUCCUUCCUCUGGGUAUUUGUUUGCAGUUGAUAAGAAGGUAAAGAAAAUAUUUUACAAGUAAUAGGGAAAUGUAAUUUUAUCACAUGGUUUUAGUCUUUUAAGCAACAGGCCAAAUGCCAUUCCUGCUUGUUAGUAAAUAAUGUGUAUUUAAAAU